AUGGCUUCGGGUGACGUGACCUACCCUAACACGGGCAGCCCCAUUGUCGAUAAUGUGAAGUCCGAAGCUUCCCGCACCGGCCAAGAGCUUCGCCAACUCCAAGACUCGCGUGUGACCCCUUCCACCACGACCGCCGAUGGUCAACCUUUGACCUACUAUCACUCUUUGAUUUACAGUCUUUUGAGCUGGGAACAACCUCGUGCGACCGCCGUCUCCUACGCUAGCGUAGUUACUUUCAUCUUCGCCGCCCGUUAUCUGCCUCUGCUCCGUUGGGCCUUGAAGUUUUUGUACAUGUUGUUGGGAUUGACCGCUACUGUUGAGAUUGCUGGCCAUGUCAUCCUCAAGCAGGGAGUCGCCAGUGGAUUCCGACCCCGCCGUUACUACACUGUCCCCAAGGAGACCGUUGAGGCCGUGCUUGAUGACCUUGAGCAGCUGGUGGACUUCUUCUUGAUCGAGUUCCAGCGCAUUGUGUUCGUCGAGAAUGUUGUCCACACUGUUUUUGCUUUCAUUGCUGCUUUCACCGGCUACUGGCUGAUCCGCUUCAUUCCCUUCUGGGGCUUUGCUGUGAUCGCCGUGACCACCACAUACUUCGCUCCCCUUAUCUACAUGACCAACCGUGAGAUCAUCGAUGAACAGAUCCAAAACGCCCAGGAAAUCAUCCAGUCCCAAACCACCCAGCUUCGGGAAAUAGCUGGUGAACGUACCUCACACGCAACCGACCUGAUGAAGCAGUAUGUCGACGAGUACAGCUCCAUGGCUCAGGAAUUCAUCCCUUCCCGCCGCUCUGUCUCCCCAGAGACAACCAAGGUUGCGAGCCCGAUCAAGCGUGAGACCGUUGUCCAACCUGUCAAGACCGAGCCCAUUGCCGACUUCACUGCCCCCGUUGCCGAGCCUGCCAUCAAACAUGAGGACUUCCCCGAAGCUCCCCAGGCCGCCCCCGUCGCCCAGGCUCCCGAGUCUGACAUUGUUGCAACUAUCGAGCCGGCAGAGCAGGCUGGUGGCCGUGAGCCUCUUCUGGCUAUCUAA